AACCUGAAAUUCUGUUCAACAGCUUUGUGCAGGACUCGAGCACAUGCACAAUUUAGAUCCACCAUAUGCUCAUAAUGAUGUCAAGCCUGGUAAUGUCCUCAUAACUCAUGGGAAAGGACAACCACCACUAGCCAUAUUGAUGGAUUUUGGCAGUGCUCGGCCUGCAAGGAGGCAGAUUCAAUCUCGUUCUGAGGCACUACAAUUGCAGGAAUGGGCAUCUGAGCAUUGCUCAGCACCUUUUCGAGCUCCUGAGUUGUGGGAUUGUCCAAGUAAUGCAGAUAUCGAUGAGAGAGCUGAUAUUUGGUCAUUAGGAUGCACUUUAUAUGCUAUAAUGCGAUAAUGUUUUUUACCAUGUGAUUUAAGAUUUAUUGGUUUAAGUUUUCGGGUCUUUGUCUCCUGAGAGCUAUAAUAUAAUUUGAUGACAGUGUUGAAUGUUUUAAACUAAUUUUUGGAUUGUUAAUACAAUGUUGAA